AUGUUGUCUCUGCAAGUUCUCCGUGUUGCCACAAAUAAUUUUUCUGAGGAAAAUGUGCUUCGCCGCGGCGGAUUCGGCAUCGUUUACAAGGGGUUGCUGCACGAUGGAACAAUUAUUGCUGUGAAGAGGAUGCUGUCCACGGUGAUCAGCAACGAGCCCAUUGAUCAGUUCCAAGCAGAAAUCGCAAUCCUGAAGGUGCAGCACCGCCACCUCGUGUCUAUACUGGGGUACUCGGUCGAAGACAACGAGAGGCUGCUCGUCUACGAGCACAUGCCCAAUGGUUCUAUGAGCGAGCAUCUCUUCCGUUGGAAGCUGCUAGGCUUGCAACCCUGCCUCUCCUGGAAGAAGCGGCUCAGCAUUGCACUGGAUGUCGCUCGUGGUAUCGAGUACCUCCACUCGCUGGCGCAGCACUGCUUUAUCCACAGGGACCUAAAGCCGGCGAACAUCCAGCUCGGGGACGACUUCCGCGCAAAGGUGGCAGACUUCGGGCUGCUUAGGCCGGCACCAGACAGGAAUGCUUCGGUGAAGACAAACGUGGCAGUAACUUGGGGCUAUUUAGCACCAGAAUAUGUUGGAACCAGACUGCAUCAUCUUCUGAAGAAAUUGACGCUCGUCAUGCUGUUAACAACUGAAGAAAUCGACACCCAGCGGCUGGUUGGCGCCAAACUGGGGUCAUCGUCACCCGUCUGA